CAAAAAAAACCCAAAAAACAACAAGAGGAAAGAGGGGCAUAUUAAUGACUAAAGAGAUUUUGCUUGAGAUGAUGAAAAUGUUCUGGAAGCGGUGAUAUGGUUGCAUAACAACAUGAAUGUGCUUAAUGACAUUGUCCAUUGAAAAUUGCCAUAGUGCUUGGUUUCAUGUUAUGCAUAACGAUUGACACAUAAUUAAGAAGUCAUAGCGUGUUCUUCCUCAUAGGUAGUGGUAGAAGGCUUUCCAUCUGGAUUGCUUUGAGUUUGUUUGUUCACACAGAUAAUGGAGGAGCUGGCUGAUGCCCUGGUCUACUGCCAUGACCAGAAGGUGAUUCACAGGGAUAUUAAGCCAGAGAACCUGCUUCUGGGGUUCAGGGGUGAGGUGAAGAUUGCAGACUUUGGCUGGUCCGUGCACACCCCCUCGCUGAGGAGAAAGACCAUGUGCGGGACCCUGGACUACCUGGCCCCGGAAGUGGUGGAAGGGAGAACCUAUGAUGAGAAGGUGGAUCUAUGGUGCAUCGGGGUGCUCUGCUAUGAGCUUCUGGUGGGAAGUCCACCCUUCGAGAGCACCUCUCAAAGUGAGACCUGCAAGCGCAUUCUGCAGGUGAAUGUGAGGUAUCCUCCAUCAAUGCCUGCAGGGGCCCAGGACUUGAUCUCUAGGCUUCUUAGGUACCAGCCCUCAGAGCGGCUGCCCUUGUUCCAGAUCCUGCAGCACCCAUGGGUCCAAGCCCACUCCCGCCGACUACUGCCUCCUUCUGCCUAGAAGAUUUUGGAGUCCAUCUGUCUCUUUCUGUCCUUGCUCAAGAAGCUCACCCCUUCUGCCAGCAGGUGUCUUUGUGUUUUCUUUUAACAUGCUGAUUAAUAAAAACUGAGUCAUUUAGCUUCAGUCUUUUCUGAUUUAGUGAGUUAGUGUGUGGUGAUACCGAAGUUUGAAUUCAGGACAUCAUGCUUGCCAGAUAGGUGCUCUACUACUUAAGCCACUCAUCAGACUUUUGUAUCUAUGCACAUGUGAGUAUAUGGGGGGAUUUUUUUUUUAAAUAGG